AUGCCACGCCUAGUACGCCGGCAGCCGCUCAGAGAGCGCAUCAUGGCUUCUCUGAACCCCAUGGACUUCCUGCUUUGGUUAUCAGAAGAACUUGAGACGAGAGACUGGGACUCAGCUACCGCAGGAACACAACUAGGCCUAGCCAUGAACUUUGUGUUUUUGAUUGCGCGCGCCAAUUCAAGUUCUUCUACCAAGAGUGAUGACGUUUUCAGCGACGAGACAAGUUCUGGCUGGAUUUCGUUCUUUGUUUAUCCCCUCGUUUGGAUUCUCGCUGCGUUCUCGUUUACCAACGCCUUCUAUACGAUCACACGAACUCGCAAGUACCGACUCUUUCUAGCCAAGGUCGAUAAGCCGCUUUCAACACCAUCUGCACGUCGCGUAAAAGUCAGCCAGUCCAGCGCAUCACCUUCAACACCCCUAAGCUACCUCGCGAAUUUGAUAACACCUGAAUCUGCGGAGUCGCGAGCGUACCCUGAUAAGACGUCGGAUGUUUGGGAGUUGUCAGUCUGGGAUCCUCUCCCAGUCUCGUUGCGGCUCGCUUGUCUCUUCGGGCCUGGUCACAUCCUUAUUUACAUGAUCUUCCUUCCUCUUGCUCCCCUGGAUCCCCGACCGAGCGUGACGGUUCUCAACACGUUGCUCCUGCAAGUACUUGUAUCUGCUCAGCUUCUCUUCUUCUGCUCUCGUUUUGCGCAGCAAGCUAAGGAUAAAGCCGUCAUUCAGGAGCAAGUGAUGAGAGAGUAUGACACCAAGUUUGUUCACCCUCGUCUUCACCCUACUGUCCGCGAUAUUGGAACACAGUUCUCUAUGGAUCAGCCCAACGACUACAAGGAAUUUGUUCAGACUGGUACCCCUACAGUCCAGAUUCGGCACGGCUUUCAGACUCACUCUAACCCAUAUACUGGGUCUAACGAUGCCCCUGAGGAUCGAUCUGUUACACCAACCUCCAACAACGUCUUGAAGCCACGCAUGUUUACGCCUCCUACGGCAACCCGACGCUCGGAAGCCUUCCGGCCUGCUACUAAUCAAAGAAGUGUCGUGCCUCGUCAAAGUCUGCCUUCAGGUUAUACAUCGACGGGCACCUCUUCAGGGGCUCAGGGAAUCAACUUUGGCGGAAACAUGGGCAUUCAUAGCCACAACAAAUCACCGCUAAAAAAGGCUACAAGCUUGCAUGAGUUGAAUCCUGAAGGGGCUGCAUCUCCGCGUAACUCGCGAGAAAUGGCAGCAUAUGAACAACGAAACUGGGGAGCGGCCACCCCAUCUAAGAAGCCAGAGAGCCGUCGAUUGGUAGGCUCAAAACUUAAUGGCGGUGGUAAUCCUUUUGCUGGACUAAACAGGGAGCGAGCACCACCAGAGAGCCGCCGUCACCUGUUCUAA